UUUUUAUAAAAAUGUUGCGGUUUUGGUGUUCCGUAACGUUUUUCACGUUUCAGACGACAUCAUUCGGUGACACAACCUGCAACUUGUCUAUCGACAAUUAAAGAAAUACUUAUAUUGAAUAACCAUGCCUAAGUGCCCAACGUGCAACAAAGAAGUUUAUUUCGCCGAAAAGGUGACAUCAAUCGGGAAAGACUGGCAUCGGGGAUGUUUAAAAUGUGCAAAAUGUAAUAAGACUCUAACCCCGGGAAGCCAUGCUGAGAGAGAUGGUAAACCUUACUGCAAUAAUCCUUGUUACGCAGCCCUAUUCGGUCCUAAAGGAUUUGGUCAUGGUGGGACAGAGAGUCACAGCUACAAAUAACUGACCCACUAAAUAUAAGCUACGCAUGAAUAUGUCUCUUCAUCGAUGUAAAUCGUUCAGUGUAUACAUAUAACCAUCUUUAAAGCUUUGAUAAUUUACACAGGUAAAUAGGGAAAUCAUGAAUAUUUUUUGCCUUUUAUGUGUGACUGUAAAAAUAGUGUAUUUUAUAAUUAAACAGUUGAAUGUU